UUGAACAUUCAGAAAAUGUUAAGCAACACGACGACAGAGUCGCGAAGUGAAACGGUCGCACUGGCAAUGCCGUUGCUGUUAGGAGACAUGUACAAGCAGACUGUUAACUCAAUUGUUGGAUUGUCAAUUAAAGAUAGAUCAUUAUUGAAAAAACGUUAAGCAACGCGAAACCGAGAACGCACUGCUCACACGGAGCUAAUAUAUGCGAUCUGUGCGCUUGCCGUAACUCGAUAUAGUCCGAUAAAGUGCCAAGCAACCGUAUCAUUGGAAGUUAGCCAAACAGCCAAAUGUCAGUUGACGCGCAGUCCGGAUCAGCGAUGCUGAGCAGCGCGUACACUGUUCGGGUGUCGCCGUUCGAUCGACCAAAGUAUGAAGAGUGCGCCCCGAAGUAUUUUAUGUUGAGGAACACUUAAUACAAAUAACAGCGAGAUGAGAUGACACGGUGUGCCGUGACCAGUGCACGGAAAUUAUUGAGGCCCCAGAAAGUCGAAAAAUAUGUGGAUUGUUUGGAAGCUAUCCAAGGGAUUGCGGCUCAGUCGUAUGCUGCAGAGCUUUACACUUCUGCUAAUGUUGUGCGUAUUUGCCUUCACUUAUUUCUACUAUACCACAGAUGAGCGAUCGGAUUACCAACAUUAUCAAUACUUAACACGGAACCUCCAUAACAGUUCCGUCGAAAUGAACGCAGGUUACCUCGUGUGGAACUCGAAAUGCCACAUGCUCUCGGUGAACCCAUACGAUCCGUCCAUCAGGCAGUUCGUGAAAAAGGAAACAUUCGAACCAUGUUCAACGAAGCCAAAACUCACUACUAUUAACAGACAGGCCAACGGAAGUAUUCAUCUGACGGUAGACCAGGAUGCUGCCAAGAGAUAUGUGAAAUUGUCAUGCUGUUGGGCAGCCAUCAGCAGGCCGACGACAGCGAAUGAAUUCUUCCUCGAUAUGGAUUCGAGAAUAAGUGCAGGACCGUGUCAAGAUUUCAAAGAUCGAGUUGUUCUGGACAAAAAAGAUGUACAAGUUUUGCUGGUCACCUGUCGCGACGGCAAAGCUAAGGUGAUUUACAAGAACACUCAUUCCGUGAUAAAUCCCAAACGUGCCCGUCAGCGACUACUGAACAAGUCGAGUAGUUCAUCGAUGAAGAAUAAAAAGGCCCUCAGCGUGCUCAUGCUUGGACUGGACAGCGUGUCACGUCUCAACUUUCACCGUACUAUGCCCGCAGCCUGCGCCUACUUCGCAGAACGAGGGUGGAUCGAGCUGCGUGGUUAUAACAAGAUGGGCGACAAUACUUUUCCAAAUCUCAUGGCGAUAUUGACAGGACAAAAUGAGACUACAUCCAACUUGAGAUGUGAUGCGAAACUGCCUUAUACGCUGGAUCAUUGUCCGAUGAUUUGGUAUAACUUCAGAGACGUCGGCUAUGCCACUGCCUAUGCCGAGGACCAGGCAGGCAUCAGUACUUUCAACAACGUCAAGGCUGGAUUCAUGAAGCCACCGACGGACUACUACUUGCGGCCCUACAUCUUGGCCUCGGAGAAACUGCUACCAACUCGACAACGCUUCAAUUGCAAGCACUGCACCGGUCCAGAGCUCAGCGUCGAUCGAAUCUUCAACGCAGCGCUUGAUUUCUCCGAAGCUUUCGUUGGCCGUCCAUCCUUUGGUUUCUUCUGGAGCAACAGCAUCAGCCACGAGAGCAUGAACGGGCCAUCGCUCUACGACGCCAGAUUCGUGGCCAAGCUACGUGCGAUGGACGACGCUGGAGUGAUGAACGAUAGCAUGGUAGUGGUGCUGAGCGACCACGGCAUGCGCUACGGUGACAUACGCGACACAUUCGUCGGCUGGUACGAGGAGCGGCUACCCUUCUUCUACAUUUGGCUGCCAGAGUGGUUCCGGCGACGGAAUCCCGAUGCUUAUGCUGCCUUACUUGUCAAUCAAGAUCGCCUUACUUCGCCUUACGACGUAUACGAGACUCUAAGGGAUGUGUUGCAGAGAGCUGGUGGUCAAGCACCGAUCAGCACUGGCUGCCCUCUAUGUUCUAGUUUAUUUAAGCCAACUUCCAUGGAGAGGGGCUGUAGAGAUGCUGGCAUCUCACCACAUUGGUGUACAUGUGUCGGGUUUGAGUCCUACAAUAAGUCCGAUCCGAUUGUCUCUGAAGGAGCCAGUCAGUUCGUCGAAUACGUCAAUAAUCUCACCGAACGUUACAAGACUAGCCUCGGACUAAGGCUGUGCUCGAUACUCUCGCUCAAACGUAUUAUCAGAGUUAAAAAGUUACUUGACUACGAUAAUCUUCGACCUACCGAUAAAGUGCUUAAGCUUUUUUAUUUGUUAGAAUUGACGCCUGGAGGCGGUAAAUUUGAAAUUACUAUGGAUUAUCGUCCUCCGGGUAUACACAUAAUACGAGAGGAACAAGUUAGUCGCAUAAAUCUCUACGGACACGAUGCCAUAUGCCUUGAUAAAGGUUACAAAAAGUAUUGCCAGUGUCGUAUCAACAUAGCUCAUUCUAUAUUGAAAUGGUUUUAGUCGAUCAAUUCGACACGAUCAUUGAGGCUUUUAUUAUUCGUUAAAUCUAUGCGACAAUAGUUACUUUACGAAACUUGCAAAUAAAACAAUUCAUUUAUUAAUCAUCGAUAUCGUGUAAUAUUGUCACUUCAUUAGCAAUCCGACAAAAAUUAAGCUUAUGUAAAUA